AUGUCGUUGAAGGGUACCAGAAUGAACGGCUACAACAACGGCAAAGAAUCAGGUAUCGGGCUACGGGAGAUUUUGGAGAAGCGUGAAGCGCAUUUGGCGGGGGUUGAGUUUAGGACGAGGGCCGUGCUGCUGGAGAGGACGCCGUUGAGAUCCGGAGCCGUGUCUUGGGGUCUUGGCGCUGAUGUUGGUGUUGGAGCUGCCCAGUCAGUCGCGGCGUGUCGCCGUAACUUGGGCAACGCACUCAACGAAACCUGCAGCAAAGACUGUGCGGCCCGCGAUUGUUCGUGCCCUCGUCUCGUGCGAUGGGAACGCCAUGCGCGCGGUCUUGGCUUCAUGCGAGCUGCGCCGUAA